AUGAUGAAGAUGUAUCGCCGUCUUGUUGUCAAUUCCUUGCGCCUAAACGCUGCGCCCUCGUCCCUCGUACGAUAUCAGCAGAGCCGUCUCAUAAGUGCACGUCGUGUGCCGUCAGAAGAGACACUUGCAGCACUUAAGGCAUUGCUGGGUACUCGUCUCUCGACGGCCUCAUCCGUUUUGGAGCAACACGGAACCGAUGAGUCGUACCACGCGGUGGCUCCUCCUGAUGCUGUAGCCUUUGUACAAUCCACUAAUGAAGUUUCAGAGGUUGUCAAGAUCUGCGCUGCUGGUAACACGCCCGUGAUCGCUUUUGGUGCAGGAUCUUCUCUGGAGGGACAUAUCUCUGCUACUGAAGGCGGUGUCUCGAUCGACCUCACAGGCAUGAACGAGAUUCUGAGUGUUGAGCCAGAGAAUAUGAGUUGCAAGGUGCAGGCUGGUGUCACACGCGAGCAGCUCAAUGUCGAUCUACGUGCUACAGGCCUCAUGUUCCCCGUGGAUCCUGGUGCCAAUGCAACUCUUGGUGGCAUGAUCUCGACUAACGCGUCGGGCACUACUACCGUGCGUUAUGGCAACAUGAAGACCAACGUCAUGUCAUUGACGGCUGUCAUGGCCGACGGACGCAUCAUCAAGACGGGUUCCAAGACCCGCAAGUCUUCUGCUGGCUACGAUCUCACUCGCAUGCUUAUCGGAUCGGAGGGUACACUCGGUAUUGUUACGGAAGCUGAGCUGCGUCUUUUUGGAGUUCCCGAAGUCGAGAAGACGAUGAUUUGCCAGUUUGACUCGAUUCAAAAUGCUGUUGACAUGUGUGCAACUGUGAUGCAGAUGGGCAUCCCAGUGGCGCGUAUGGAGUUGAUGGACGAAAAUGCUGUGGACGCUAUUAACAAGUACUCGAAGAUGGAGACUCCUGUGCGGCCAUCGCUUAUCAUUGAACACCACGGCUCGCCUGGUGAGGUGGAAGAGCAGAGCUCCGUUGUGGUAGAGAUUGCCAACGACUUUGAGGCGAAGGACAUUGAACUGGCAACGAGUCUUGAGGAGCGCAAGAAAUUGUGGAGCGGUCGUCACGCUGCCUGGUACGCUACACUGAGUCAAAUGCCUGGUAGUCGUGGGCUGUGCACCGAUGUCGCCGUGCCAUUUGCCAAGUUGACGGACGUCAUUGUGGAGACACAGGCUGACUUAAAGGAGUGUGGGCUGUUUGGCGCAAUUGUGGGACACGUCGGCGACGGCAACUUCCACGUCAUGCUGCCGUUUUAUCAGGAUGAUGCGAAGCUGAUGCAAAAGGUGCGCGACUUCUCCGACCGUUUGGUAAACCGCGCUCUCGAGUGUGAGGGUACGUGCACGGGUGAGCACGGCAUUGGCAACGGCAAGAUGAGUUAUCUGUCCAAGGAGCAUAGCAAUGGUGUGGAGGUGAUGUAUAUGAUUAAAAAGGCGCUGGACCCUAAGGAUAUCAUGAAUCCUGGCAAGAUUUUUUACAGUGACAAGAAACACUAA